AUGGCCUCGAAAGCUAUGUGGGAGGUCGAUCCCGAGACGAGAUCUAAACUCGUCACCAUCCAGGCCGAAGCCCAAAACAACAUCUGCUGCGACUGCAGCGCGCCAUCACCGCAAUGGGCCUCGCCCAAGUUCGGCAUCUUCAUCUGCCUGUCGUGUGCCGGCGUCCACCGCGGCCUGGGCGUCCACAUCUCCUUCGUUCGCUCCAUCUCCAUGGACGCCUUCAAGGCCGCCGAGAUCGAGCGCAUGCGCCUGGGCGGCAACGAGAACUGGCGCCGCUUCUUUGAGCAGCAUGAGGACACCAAGAUGCGCGGGCUCAGCUGGGACGAUGCCACCAUCGCGGAGCGCUAUGGCGGGGAGGCCGGCGAGGAGUGGAAGGAGAGGCUGAGCGCUAAAGUCGAGGGCCGCGAGUACGUGCCCGGGGAGAAGGCGGCGAGUGCUAGUGCCAGCCCAGCUCCUGGUGUGGGGGGUCCGUCGACGGCGCCUACGCGCAGCGGGCCGAGGACGGGCACGCCGCUGAGUGGGAGUGCUGCUGCUGCGCCCACGGGUGGGAGCAGGAGUGAGAGCCCCGCGCCGGGUGGGAAGAUCAAGGUAGAUGUGGACUACUUUGCGAAGCUGGGCGAGCGGAACGCGCAGCGGUCGGCUGACUUGCCGCCGAGCCAGGGUGGCAAGUAUGCCGGUUUUGGCAGUUCGGGGCCGCGGCCGCAGAAGCAAGAGCAAACGAUUCCCGGGCUUGACGACUUACAGAGAGACCCUAUGGCGGCUAUCUCGAAGGGCUUUGGGUGGUUCGCGUCGACGGUCACGAAAACGGCUAAGAAUGUCAACGAGGGGUUCAUCCAGCCUACGGCUAAGCAAAUAUCCGAGACCGACUUUGCGGCUCAAGCACGCAACGCCGCCCGCCCAGGCCGCGGCGGUCAGCCCAAGGCAGGUGCUAAGACGGCGCAGGAUGGGUUCACUCGGCUUCGUCGAGGGCCCCAGUGGCAGCGGGUACAAACCCGGUGA